GAGCGGGUACGACGACGAGCUGCCGUUGGCGGCGCUUUGGCUCCACAGGGCAACAGGGAAGGGGGUGUGACCUCUGGAGUACGUGGUGGAGAACGGCCAUGGUUUCGGAGGAACCGGGUGGGAGAUGGCCGAGUUUAAGCGAUCGAACCAGUGGUUGUUGAUCACACAAUCCAAUUGUGAUGGGACCGCAUCAGCCCUCCGGCUUAUCCCUUCGCUUUAUCCCUACUUCAUCCAACAGGAAGCAAUAACGCCUUUGCUCCGCAGCGAUGCACAGCAUCGGCCUUCCCUUUCGCGCUCCUCCUCCUCCCUUCCUUGAGGUCGCUCCUUGGCCCUCGAAUCCCCCAUCUCGAACCCUCCUUCCUCCCCGCGCCUCGCUCUCCUCCUCCGCCUAUUCUCCCUCUCGCCGCCUCCCGAAGCCCCCGUCGGUGCCAACGAAACCCCUCCCUAGCCCCGAUCUCCGAUGGCUCACCUCUCGCAUAGUCAAGCUCUCGCGCCGGCGGCAGCUCGAUCAGAUCUUCGAGGAGGUGGAGAUCGCCAAGAGGCGGUACGGCCGGCUGAACACGAUCGUCAUGAACGCUGUGAUGGAGGCCUGCAUCCACUGCCAGGACGUGGGUUCCGCACGUCAGGUGUUUGAGGAGAUGUCUGGACCAGAUGGCUGUGGCGUGGAUAACGUCUCCUUUGGGAUCUUGUUGAAGGGUUUAGGUGAGGCUCGAAGAGUUGAUGAAGCAUUCCAAAUGCUUGAGUCUAUAGACAAAGGUUCUGCUUUUGGGGGAUUGCAAUUGUCAGCUCAUGUCAUCUAUGGGCUGUUGAAUUCUCUUCUCCAGUCAGGAGAUUUAUGGCGUGCCAAUGGUCUUAUUGCGCGUUACCGUUUUGUGCUUCAUAAAGAGGGUCAAUCCCUAUUACUGUACAAUUUACUGAUCAAGGGAUAUACAAACAGUGAUUUCCCUCUUGGUGCUUUAGCUGUUCGGGAUGAAAUAUUGCGUCAAGGGUUGAAGCCUGAUAAAUUGACCUACAAUACAUUAAUUUUUGCAUGUGUCAAAUCUGGAAGAAUAGAUGCUGCAGUUCAGUUGCUUGCAGAAAUGAAGGAAGAAAAUGAAAAGUCUAGUUGUUGCGAACUCAUACCGGAUGCUGUCACUUACACUAUUUUACUUAAGGGCUUUGGAAACAACAAAGACUUGCAUUCAGUUAUCAAGACGGUGGAAGAGAUGAAAACUUCUGAUCUUUUUAUUGAUAGAACUGCAUAUACAGCAAUGGUUGAUGCACUGCUGGCAUGUGGAUCAAUCAAGGGUGCUCUUUGCAUGUUUGGAGAGAUAAUAAAGCAGUCUGGCAAGGAUAGUAAUAUUAGGCCAAAGCCUCAUCUCUAUCUUUCCAUGAUGCGGGCUUUCGCUAUGAGGGGAGACCUUGAUAUGGUCAAAAGGCUAAAUAUAAGAAUGUGGUCUGAUUCUGUUGGAUCAAUUUCUCCUUUAGUUCAAGGGGAAGCUGAUGAGCUUCUGAUGGAGGCAGCAAUAAAUGACAACCAGGUUGAUUUUGCUAAGGUUGUUUUGUCCAAAAUAAUUACCAGACGGCAAGGAUUUUCUUGGACAAGUAGGGGAGGCAUGGUAUUUACAAUAAUCUUUUAUAUUUCAGAUUUUGUGACUGCAAUCAAAGUAGAGGCUCUAUCAGGAUUCACCUGUUCCAUGCUUAGGCCUUACAUCCUUCCUCAGGUUUUGGUGGAUGAUCCAGUCGAGAAGUAUAUGACAGCUUUUGAUGAUGCCAACCCAUUACCUUGUAGCAUGACACUGAAUAAAGUCGUCAUGCGUUUCUUUAAGGAUUCUGCCAUUCCAGUCGUGGAUGAUUGGGGCAGCUGUGUCGGAAUUGUUUAUCGCAAUGAUUGCAACAAGAUAGAUGCACCAGUUUCUUCGGUGAUGAGGGGACCGCCACCUUGUGUAACUACAUCGACAUCCAUUGGCCGAGUCAUCGAUCUCCUGCUGGAGAAGAAGUAUGAAAUUGUAGUAGUUGUUCGAAACAGUAGUGUAUAUGAGACCAUUUACAGCUGUAGUUCCAGGCCAGUAGGAGUUUUUACUCUCAAGAAUUUGUUCCCGCUUUUACAUGUUACAGACCAGUAGCAGUAAAGUCCACGUCGUUUCUUUUGUAGAUUUAAUCAAAGUUCAUGGACAUGAAAGUCUUGGGAAAUUUAUCUUUUGGCAUUUUUA